AUGUGGCGCCAUAAUGGCUCCUCGAGCUCGGGAUCUCGGAGAAAUCAGAUGUGUACAGCUCGGGGAUGGUGCAGCUGGAGAUGGUCGGCGGGAGGCGGAACGUUUGCCAGGGGAAGAGGUCGGGGAAGGAGAUAA